UGGUUGAAGCAGUGCAUCGAUUGGAUCUCAUUCUUGGAAACAAGGCAGCUUAUCAAGAAGUUUUUAAGCCAGAGAACAUCAGCCUGAGAAACAAGCUCCGCGAACUGUGUGUAAAGCUGAUGUUCCUACACCCUGUGGACUAUGGGAGGAAAGCAGAGGAACUGCUGUGGCGGAAAGUUUACUAUGAAGUCAUCCAGCUGAUUAAAACAAAUAAAAAGCACAUUCAUAGUCGUAGUACCCUAGAGUGCGCUUACCGGACUCACCUGAUUGCUGGCAUCGGGUUUUACCAGCACUUGCUUCUCUACAUUCAGUCUCACUAUCAGCUGGAGUUGCAGUGUUGCAUUGACUGGACCCACGUUACAGAUCCCCUGAUAGGUUGCAAGAAGCCAGUCUCUGCAUCAGAGAAGGAGAUGGACUGGGCUCAAAUAGCCUGCCACCGGUGUCUGGUUUAUCUGGGGGAUUUAGCUCGAUACCAGAAUGAAUUGGCAGGCGUAGACACAGAAUUGCUGGCUGAGAGGUUCUACUAUCAAGCCCUUUCUGUUGCACCACAAAUUGGAAUGCCUUUUAAUCAGCUUGGAACCCUGGCUGGGAGUAAGUACUACAAUGUGGAAGCUACGUAUUGCUACUUGCGCUGCAUUCAGUCUGAAGUGUCCUUUGAAGGCGCUUAUGGAAAUCUCAAGCGCCUCUACGACAAGGCGGCCAAAAUGUACCACCAGCUGAAGAAGUGCGAGACGCGGAAACUGUCGUCAAGCAAAAAGAGGUGCAAAGACAUUAAAAGGUUACUGGUGAGCUUCAUGUAUUUACAGAGCCUCUUUCAGCCAAAGAGUAGUUGUGCCGACUCGGAGCUGACGUCUCUCUGCCAGUCCGUCCUGGAAGAUUUCAACCUCUGCCUUUUCUAUCUGCCCUCUUCACCCCACGCGAGUGCCACCAGUGAGGAGGAAGAGGAGUGGGAGAAUGGCUGCUCCUUCCUGCCAGACUUGCUCAUCUUCCGCAUGGUUGUUAUCUGCCUGAUGAGUGUUCACAGCCUCAAGAGGGCAGGCUCCAAACAGUACAGUGCGGCCAUUGCAUUCACCCUGGCCCUCUUUUCACAUCUGAUCAACCACGUCAACAUCCGCCUCCAGGCAGAACUGGAAGAAGGAGAGAACCCAGUUCCAGCCUUCCAGAACGACGGCACCGAGGAUCCAGAGGCCCGGGAAUCGGCCAACUCUGCUGAGAGAGAAGCAGAGACCGACCCAGCCAGCCACCAAGACCCAGGGGAGCCGCGGCAGAACGAGAGCCAAAAGGGCAGGAAGUACUCGCGCCUGUCUUGCCUGCGCCGUCGCCGCCGGGCCCAGAAGUUGGAUGAGAGCGACCUGAGCGAGGGCUUCGACUCCGACUCCAGCCCGGAUUCUGCCAAAGGAAGCGGCGGCUCCGAGACGGGCUCUGAGAAGAGCGAUGAGGAGGCGGAGGCCGCGUUUGACGUGGAGACCGAUUCGGACAUGAACAGCCAGGAGUCCCGCUCGGACCUGGAGGACAUGGAUGAGGAGGCGGAGGCGGAGGCCGAGGCGGGCGGUCGGCCCAGGGGGGCCAAGAACGGAGCCAGGGGAGCUUCAGGCUUCGUGGCAGGUGAAGGGGGUCGGCCGCUGGACUCGAAGGGCCAUGGCGCCGCUAAGACUGAGCCUUUGGAGCCCGUGGCCAACGGGCCGGGCGCCUUGGGCAGCAGCGAGGCCAGCAUAGCCAGCAACCUCCAGGCCAUGUCCACGCAGCUCUUCCAGACCAAGCGCUGCUUCCGGCUGGCCCCCACAUUCAGCAACGUUCUCCUCAAACCAGGCUGUGGGCCACCCGCCCCAAAGGAGGCAGCAGGAGACGGCAAGCCUUGCGUCAAUGGGGACGUGGAGCGGUCUGCUGUGUCCGAGCCAGACGAUGUUUCUGAGUCGGAAGAAAGCAUCUCCAGCAGCAGAUCCUGCCGGAACGAGCGUUCUCUCCAAGAGAAGCUGGAGAUUAUAAGCAGCGAAGGGCUGCUGCCGACGGUCAAGGUCUUCCUGGACUGGCUGAGAACAAACACCGACCUCAUCGUCAUGUGUGCACAGAGUUCCCAGAGUUUAUGGAAUCGACUUUCAGUCCUCCUGAACCUGCUUCCUUCAGCUGGAGACCUGCAAGAUUCAGGGAUGUUUCUCUGCAACGAGGUGAAGACCAUGUUGCCAGGCUGCGAACUUCCCGACUUGAGUGCUUGCUUGCUUCUCCCAGAAGACGUGGCCCUCCGUAACCUUCCCCCAUUGAAGAGCGCACACAAGAAGUUCAACUUUGAGCAGGACAGGCCUGUCCUUACAGAAGUGGAGGAGUCUGUGGUCCGUGUCUGUUGCAUUCGAAGCUUCGGCCACUUCAUCACCCAUUUGCAAGGCAGCAUCCUGCAGUACAACUCCGAAGUUGGGAUCUUCAUAAGCAUUGCGCAAUCGGAGCAGGACGGGCUGCUCCAGCAGGCCCAGGCCCAGUUCCGCAUGGCUGCUGAGGAAGCCCGCCGGAACAGGCUGAUGCGAGAUAUGGCCCAGCUUCGGCUGCAGCUGGAGGUGUCACAGUUGGAAGGCAGUCUCCAGCAGCCCAAAGCUCAGUGUGUGAUGUCUCCCUAUCUGGUCCCGGACACCCAGGCCCUCUGCCAGCAUCUCAGCCCCAUCAGGCAGCUGGCCGCCAGUGGAAGGUUCAUUGUCAUCAUCCCGCGGACAGUCAUUGAUGGCUUAGACUUCCUGAAGAAGGAGAAUGCAGGAGCUCGUGAUAGCAUCCGAUACUUAGAAGCAGAAUUUAAAAAGGGAAACAGGUACAUUCGCUGUCAGAAAGAAGUUGGAAAAAGUUUUGAGAGGCAUAAGCUGAAAAGACAAGAUUUAGAUGCUUGGAACCUCUAUAAGAUCUUGGACAGCUGUAAGCAGUUAACAGCUUCCCAGGGGGGCAGCGAAGAUGACACAGCUGGCAUGGUGACCGUCAUCACCGGCUUCCAGCUGGAUGAUCCCAGCAAACUUUCUGCUCCCAUGCAGUCUGCAAUCCAAGCAGCGGCCAGCGCCAGCAUUGAAAUCCAAAACGUUCUGGAAUUCUACAAGCAGUGGAAGGAGAUGGGCUGAGGGUCGAGGAACCUCCGGGUUGGUUGAAGCUCUGUCUCCCCGUCUCUUGACGCACAACAUUGGAAUGAAAGAUGUCAACUGCAGGCGAUAUUUGGACACGACGCAACUGCCGCUGCCUUAGCAGCAGCAACCCACAAAAACGAGCAAUCGGGUGUGCGCCCAAACACAGGCGUGUGCGCGCGCACACCUGCGCAACUGCCCCGCCGUCACCUCCCCUCCCACAGAGGAGGUGGCAUGCGUGGGGACAUCACAGCCCCUCUGAGAAGAGAGGUGCCUCUCGGCCGAGCCGAGGAGAGACAACGGGUGGGAGGGGGCUCCGUUCUAAAUGCUUGCUUGGUUUCUUGUUGUCAGAAAUGUGCAGGCAGCUUUGCUCCUGCACUUACAAUGAAACAAAAUGGAAAUUCACUUGAUGUUGCCACCAUCUCCUCACUGCAGGAGGAAACCUCCAGAAGGGCCUACUAGAUCCUAUGUGGGUCAGGAUUUGCAGAGGAGGCUCUUUUGGAAACUGGUGGUGGGGAAGUGGGCACGUUCUCUUCAUCGUUUUUAAUUUAAUGUUCCGUUUUCUUUCCUACUCUGUUCCUUGGUGAGCUUCCCUGGUUUUGUGUGCCCCUUUGUGGGUGAGGCAGAGGGAGGGUGGGGCGCUGGUCAAACUUUAAAAUCUUGGAAAGAUGGCCAGGUGGCAAGGGAACUGAGAAAGUUUUAGGAUGGAAGCUAUUUAUUUCCUCCCCUCCUCUCACCUCUCUUUCUCCACCUUACCUUUGUCCUUUUUUUUUAAAGCAAACCGUUCUCUCCUCUCCCUUUCCCUCUAAGCUGUCACUACCAUUCCUUCCUUCUCUGCAGCCACCAAGCUUUGGCACACUGUCUGCCUCCCCGCUUCCUGGACGCAGGUCGUGAAUCCUGCUUUUGUUUCGCUUUCCUUGCACAGAGAAAGGCCGGCCUCUGCAGCAGCUUCCCAUAGUUGCCAAGAGGGACAGGAAGCUCAGUCCCUUUGUGUAACUUUUGGAGAAAGGAAAAGUUGCUUUCAAGAUAAAAAGGUAGAGAAGAAAACUCCCACAGUAUGCUUUAACCAGGGAUUGACUGUUGAGCUUUCUCCCCCAGUAUACGGUCCCUGUUUUCCUUUAGAAGGUAAGAGGCAUGGAAGGAUAAAGGAAAUUCUAACACUUAAGAUUCUGGGAUGGAUUUGCCCCACUAGAUAACCAAAGGAUCGGAACGAGGCAAGGUAUUGGCAAACAAUCCCCAACUCUUCUUAGGGAGUUGGAUAAAGCAUCUUCUUUUAUGCCCCAAACACCACCAGAGGCGUCAUCUUUGUGUUUUUGCUCUUAGCUUAUUCUGACAGCUGGGGAGAAGGAAGGUGUGUUGCGGGCGUGGAAACCCACUUUUCCCAGUCUGCCCUGAGGGAAAGCCCCAUGGCCUGGCCCUCCUUUGCCUAGAUGUGGAAAGGAAGCAGGGGGCCUCCCGGCCCUGUGGAUGUCUGCCGCCUGUUCGUUCGCCUUUUCCCGCACUGCUUUGUUCGACAGCAGAGACGAUUCCACGGAGAGCCCUUGCCUUGGUCUCGCCAUCAAACUGCAUCGGAGCUUCGAGACUGGUAACUGGGCCUUGGGCUGCUGCUCUGCCUCUCUUUCCUGGCUUUUCCCCAGCUACAGUCCAAGGCCCUCCCUGAAGGAAGCUCUUCCCAGCUCCUUCCCUUUUGGAGUAUCAGUCAGAGCAGCAGCAGGUUGGCUCUUCAGCUCUCAUAGGGCCUCCCUACCUCCUAUCGCAGAAACAAGGCACCCCGCCUAGCGUUGCUGUCAGCAAGGGUUGUGCAGAUCAGUCAUCUCCUGUUAAUGGCGUUUCUGCUUUUCAGUUCUGGCAAUGGAGUAAACCCUCCCUCCCCCCACCAAAAAAGGGAUAAAAGAGAGAAGCCCCUCAACCUGCAGGGAGACUCGGGCUGGGCUGUCCUGUGGGAUAGAAGCCUGAGUACGUUGGCUUGUAAAACAUCUGCAGGGGAGCAAACAGCAAUAGUCGACAUUCAUGGGGUGAUCAGCACAAUCUUGACAUUGAUUUAACUUGGGACUAUGUUUUGGGGUGUGUGGGGGGACAAAGCUCAUUCAGAAGGGACAUUUUUAAAAUAGUGCGUUGAGGGUCUUCACCCUGGUGACCCAAGGCUGGCGGUUUUGUCAGGUGCUUCUCUUAAAGUGCUUCUCUUGGGUGGUGGUGGUGGGGUGCAUCGGUCUGAGCCAUGGCUGGCGUAUCUGUUGACAAUGUCAGAGCAAUUUUUUAUUUUUAUCGUUUUUGGAGCAAGGGAAAUUGCAUUGCCAUAAUAAACAUUUGUGAAAUCAGA